GGGCAAGGGUAAUCUAGCCACCGGGAGCGGAGAAGUCACGUGACCGCUCUUAUCGUCACUUAUCGCAACCGCCCCUUAAAGUCUACCUCCUCUCCAUCUUUCCUCCAGCGGUAUGUCUUUGCAAGAAGGGCCUCACAAUGCUCCUGGAGUCAAUGAUCAGCCAAAGCACUCCACGAGCACCUCGUCCCACGCGUCAGUGCUUGAGUCGCCCCACCCAACCACCAGUACGGCACUCCAGCCCUCAAUCAACCCCUCCACAAACAGUCACGGUUCGUUCAAAAAGCUCCUCAAUUCACACCUGUCCAUCUACAACGCGUUGAACAACCCCGAUCUCGACGUGUCACCCAACCUCAGCUACCAGAACACGGCACGAUUCACGCCAGAUCUCGAUCCGCUGUUCCUGAUCACUUCGUGGCAGUCUGUCAGCAACGAGUCGUUUGACCACUCACGAGUCCAGUCAGUCAAUUCAUACCAGAGCUCGCGAUUCCAGACUCCGUCGCCUGCUGCCAACAAACCUGCGUCCAUCUUGUCCAUCACCACCGACGAGGAUGCAAAGGAGUCCAUCGUCAUCGUACAGUCGCCAAAAACCGUGUCCAACGUGAUGGUGUUUGAAACAGACGAAGAGGACGUGGAAGAAGUGGAAGAGUCCAAGAAUCCGUCCUCAUUCAUCAUGCCCAAAAUGCUGCUCUCUGACACCCACAGGUCCUAUGACAGCAAUUUCCAAAUCACCGUCAUAAGCUCGUGUUCCUCCUACCAGAACGAUUCUUCUCACUUGGUUGAGUCGAUCGGGAGGAAAUUGGAUAAUCGAGAAAUCAUCAUCAAACACCUAGUGCUUGAGGGCCAGGGCCCGACAUCAUCCAAAGCCUUAAAAAAGCAGUACAACAGCGUGAAAAACUCAAGCCUCGUAUUUAUAAUCAACGAUGGCUCAAAAGUCUUGGUGGAGUUCUUAUCUUCAUUCCUCAAGAAGUACAGGAAAGAGGAAGAAUGCGAGCAAAAUUUGAAGCUAACUAUUAUUAAUGUAAUGACUUUUAAUUACUUCAUUACAUUAUUUGAUCUAAUCAAUAGCAUCAGGCCAUAUCAGAUUUGGAAAACUUCCUCGUUGAAAAACGAGAAGUUACUUGAUAAAUUGAAAGACUUCGUCAAAGUUGAAUUUAGCCAAUCGGAGAUUUUCCACGAAAACUUCAAGCAACUAUUCAAGAAAAAUAGGGAGUUUGGUAUGAAAUCAAACAAUUUUGAUUUGGCAAAAUCAAGGAUAUCUCAAGCUAGGUCUAAUUUGAAUUUAGCUGGUACUAAAUUCGAAUUGGCUAACCUUUCAGGGGCAAGAAUCGAAAUUCCCGAAACAAAGGUAGAUUAUUUGAACUUAUUGAAUGAUGAUAGCAUCUGCACAAUGAAACCUUUGAACUUAAGUAAGUCAGAUGCACUGAAUCCUAGCACUUCAAUUUACACCAAUUUGAUCUCUACUAAAAAGCCUGAUUAUAAAUCUAUUGAGAAGCAGAUUAAGUCAGACUUAGAAUCGUCCUAUCAAUUUAAUGAUCCAUUGAAGAUAUCCAGCUCUAACAUCAAGUUGUGCUAUUCAAUAAUGAAGAAAAUAGUAAGCACUAAGGAUCAGAAGUUUGUUAGCCAGGACAACAAAAAUCUUUGGUUUAUCUUAAGCUUUGCUUUGGGAAUAGGUUUGGGGUUUGGAUUUACCAACGUUGCCGAUUCGAUUUUGGGCGUUGGUGUAUUCAUGCUCCACAAUCUCAAAAGUGCCUUCGGGUACUUCGUGGAACAAUGCUCAGUAUUCUCGAUUGAUUCGAAUACAACUGAGAUAUUGUCAAAUGUCGCUCCAACUCAAGGAGGGCAAAUGAUUACAAGCUAUGGUUAUGCACCUCAUAGUAUACUUGACACUGUCAUGAGUUCCAUCGAGACUGUCAAGAGCUCGAAGUUCUUUGAUGAUAUAGUUUACUACUUGAGGGAUAUCUCAAGAGGCUUAAUUUUUACAGGGUCAAUGGUGAUUGGGGGAUUUGAGAAAUUGGUAGGAUUAGUGCUAAAUUGACUGGAUAGUUUGGAAAGUGAUAGGGUGGCGGCAGUAUGUUAUAUGUGGGGUUUUUGAUGGAAAGCCCACCAAGCAUAGAGGGCGUCCAUUCGGUUACAUUUAUUUCUCGGGUAUGAUACCUGAAUUUCACAAUUAGACUCAGGUAUUAUUAAAUAGGUUUAUCUUUUUAGCUAGGUUACGGUAAUUGGAAGCAAUAAAUGAAAAUUAAUACA